GGAAAUGCUAGCAGUUGGAUACGAAGUGCCUAAAGGAAUGGGAGGGAAUUGGGAUGUGAACGUGGCAGAUUUGGUAGCUCUAAGUGCAGCUGCUGGAAAACCUCGAAUAAUAUCCCGUGGCCUUUAUCCUUACUUUCUUCUUGUCAUUUGUCCUUGUGAUUUGCCUCAAAUAUGAAACAGCAAGCAACCAUUAAUCUUUUUUGACUUCCUCUGUUCCUAAUUUAUCAUCAUUCUCGUCACAAUUAUCCACUCGUAUUAAGAAUUAAGAAGAAAAGAUGAGAGCAGCAAGUGCGAGUCCAACAACAAAUGCAAGUGCCAGUUUAAGGAACACCAAUCACUUCAAUUUCACAUCUCUCCCUCUCUCAACCGUGAAGAACAACAACAAGAAGAAGAUCACAUUAGUAGUGGUGAGAGCCAUCCAGGACAGGAAAGAGGGUGUGAAUGAAUAUAACAAGGAAAGCACAGCAAAGCAGCAGCAACCUCUGAGUUUGGAGGAUGUGAACCCAGUUGGACUCGGAAGGAAGUCGAGGCAGAUAUUUGAUGAAGUGUGGAGGAAGUUCUCAGGGUUGGGGCAGAUAUCAAGAACAACACGUGCAGAUGACAAGGAAGCUCUUGAUGCAUUGCUCAUCAGAGAAGGUCCCAUGUGCGAGUUUGCUAUCCCUGGUGCCCAGAACACCACUGUUCUUGUUGUUGGUGCCACCAGUCGCAUUGGCCUCAUUGUUGUUAGGAAACUUAUGCUCAGGGGUUACACUGUCAAGGCUCUGGUGAGGAAGGCAGAUGAGGAAGUGUUGUACAAGCUUCCAAGGUCAGUGGAGAUAAUGAUAGGGGAUGUGGGUGAUCCCUCAACCCUCAAGGAAGCAGUGGAAGGCUGCAACAAAAUUAUAUAUUGUGCUACUGCUCGUUCUUCCAUCACUGGAGAUCUUUUCAGAGUUGAUCACCAAGGGGUUUCUAACCUCACCAAAGCCCUUCAGGACUAUAACAACAAACUAGCACAACUACGAGCUGGAAAAAGCAGCAAAAGCAAGCUCUUGCUCGCAAAGUUCAAAUCUGCACAUUCAUUGCAUGGCUGGGAAGUCCGUCAAGGAACUUACUUCCAGGAUGCAGUUGCUUCAAAGUAUGAUGCAGGAAUGGAUGCUAAAUUUGAGUUCACCGAGGCUGGAGAAGCAGUUUUUUCGGGGUAUGUUUUCACUAGGGGAGGCUAUGUUGAAAUUUCAAAAAAGCUAUCACUUCCUCUGGGUUACACUCUUGACAGGUAUGAAGGUCUAGUGCUCUGUGUUGGUGGAAAUGGAAGAUCUUAUGUUUUAAUACUCGAAGCCGGUCCUUCAGCUGAUGCAACUCAAUGCAAUUUGUAUUUUGCAAGAAUUAGCACCAAAGUAGGAUUUUGCAGGGUAAGAGUGCCAUUUUCUUCUUUCCGCCCAGUAAAACCAGAUUAUCCACCACUGGAUCCAUUUCUUGUACACACAAUGACCCUUCGCUUUGAGCCCCGACGACAGAGACCUAUUGAAGGACCUGCAGGAGUGAAGCAAGACCUGAGAAGCUUUAAGCUUAUAUUGGAAUAUAUAAAAGCAUUGCCUACUGGGCAAGAAACAGACUUCAUCUUAGUUUCAUGUACAGGAUUAGGUGUAGAACCCACAAGAAGGGAGCAAGUUCUGAAGGCCAAGAGGGCCGGGGAAGACUCACUGAGGAGAUCAGGACUUGGAUACACAAUCAUUCGCCCUGGUCCCCUAAAGGAGGAGCCAGGUGGUCAACGUGCACUCAUAUUUGAUCAAGGAAACAGGAUUUCUCAAGGAAUUAGCUGUGUUGACGUGGCUGAUAUCUGCGUGAAGGCAUUGCAUGAUUCGACCGCAAGAAACAAGAGCUUUGAUGUCUGUUAUGAAUACGUCUCUGAACAAGGGAGGGAGCUCUAUGAACUUGUGGCACAUUUACCAGACAAAGCAAACAACUAUUUGACACCAGCACUGUCUGUCUUGGAGAAGAACACUUGAUUGAAUAUGCUCCAUCCAAGGAAAUACCAUACCAGUUCCAUACUUGCUCCCAGUCUUGAGGAUUUUUUUUCUUGUCCAACAUCUUUUUACUUGUAAUAAAAACAUAUCCAUUUCUGUUUCCUAUGCUAUGAUUCGUGACUGACUGCCAUAACAGUUUUCUUACUGUAUAUUCGUGUCUAGACCCGGCAGAUAUAGUAAAAUGUAUAUUUCAGGGCUAAA